ACUAUACUAUAAUAUUGUUUACAAAAUAUCCCAUUUUUCAUAUUCCCACGUAAUAAUUAAAGUUAAGUUAAAGAUAUCUGUUAUCACAACUGUAGUAUAACGGUAGUUAUGAAAAUAAUAAACGAAAAGCAUCUAACUUACAAAACAACUGUAGAAAAAUGGAAUCUUGUCCGAAAAUGAAUCAUGAAGCGGAAGCGGAUGUCCAAACCCCAAAAACCAAUAGAAGGAAAUACCUGACGAUGGUCGUUAUAGCAAGUAACUUGAGUACAUUUGCUUCUGGCAUAUUAUUAUCGUGGACUUCUCCAGUACUACCCAGACUGAACACAAUCAACGAUAACAACCCUUUCGGAAGGGCAGUAACACCAUCGGAACAGUCCCUUAUCAGUUCUCUUUUACCUCUGGGAGCAUCGUUUGGACCUAUAUUUGCAGGACUAUUGACAGACAGGAUAGGAAGGAAGAAAACACUUUUAUACUUUACAGGAAUAACCCUUUUGGCAUCGUUUACCACAUUAAUUUUUACAACAUCAAUUGAAGUAUACUAUGUGGCAAGAUUUAUUGCUGGUAUUGGUGCUGGAAAUUGUUUCGUUGUUAUCCCAAUUUAUCUUGCCGAAAUAUCGGAAGCAGGGAUAAGAGGGACUGUUACCUCGUUGUUUACAACAUCUCUAGUUACAGGCUCACUGUUUUCCUAUGUUAUGGGACCUUUUGUUUCACUCACAACGUUCAACGUAAUGUGUGCCAUAUUUCCCGCUCUAUUUAUAUUGACUUUCCCUUUUUGUCCUGAAACUCCUCACUAUUUAAUAUCGAAGAACAGCAUACGAAAGGCUCACUUGUUACUUUCGAAAUUGAGGAAUAAAACUACAGAAAACGUAGAGGUGGAAUUUAAAUUAAUAAAAGACAAUGUGGAAAGCGAUAUGAAAAAUAAAGCGAGCGUUUCUGUUAUAGUUACAAGUUCGAGAUACAGAAAAGCAUUUUUCAUUUGCCUCGGACUAUUUACUAUUCAACAAUUUUCGGGAAUUUGUGCAGUACUGUUUUAUACUGCAGAUAUUUUUAAGGCCAGUGGUAGUUUCAUAAAUCCUAAUUUAUCAGCGAUAAUAAUUGGUACUGUUCAAUUGAUUGCAAGCUUAUUGACUCCAAUAUUUGUUGAUAAACUUGGACGUAAAGUUUUGCUGCUUAUAUCAGCCUCGGGGAUGUUUCUCUCUGAAUUACCACUCGGUCUUUAUUACUACCUGAAGGAAAACCAUCAUGAUGUUAGUUUUAUUGGAUGGUUACCAAUAUCAUGCCUAAUUUCUUAUAUUAUUACUUAUAUUUGGGGUUUUGGAGCAGUGAGUUGGAUUAUGAUGGGAGAACUGUUUUCAGCUGAAGUGAAAGCUAUUGCUUCUACCAUGCUAACUAGCUAUUGCUGGUUCCUUUCCUUUAUUGUGACUUCACUGUUUUUGAAUUUAUUGAAUUUAAUUGGUACAGCAGGAGUUCUUUGGCUUUUUACUGCAUGUUGCUUUCUAGCUAUAUUCUUCACCAUCUUUUGCAUCUUUGAAACUGCUGGCAAAACGUUCCAAGAAAUACAGGAUAUGUUAAGUAAAUGAUUUUAUUAUUAUACAAUAGCAAAUCUGCACUUAUUGAUUUUUAAAUAAAAUAAAAAGGUU